AUGGUACUGAGGUCUGACAGUUCUGGAUUUCAGAGGCAAAAGAGGAAGGUUAUGGAGCAGAACUCUGCCGGCCCAAAAGGAAGAGCGGAAGAAGCGAUUUGGAUUGAGGAUGUGGCGGAACAGCCCAGAGGGAGAGUACGGCAAGAGGGAAGAGAGGAACCGGCCAAAGGGCUGCACCAGCGCUGGGAAGCCCAAUGGCAGGAUUUCUUGAGGGCUCUGGAGUCUCCUCACACAGGGUCGGAGAAGGAGCCCAGCCCCUGGGAGGAUGCCAAGGCCUUCUUGGCCUCCUUCGAGCAAGUGGCCAAAGCCUGCCAAUGGCCCAGGGAAGAGUGGGCGGCCCGGCUCCUGCCAGCACUCAGCGGAGAAGCCCAGCAGGCCUUUGGCAGCCUGGAGGCCAGAGACAGGGAGGAUUAUGGGAAAGUGAGGGCAGCCAUCUUGUGCUGGGAAGCCAACCGCAUGGAAACCCUGCGCCAGCACUUCCGGCAGUUGCGCUUCCAGGAGGUGGAAGACCCAAGACGGAUCUACAGCCAGCUGCAGGAGCUUUGCCGUCAGUGGCUGAGGCCGGAGAGUCACUCGAAGGAGCAGAUCCUGGAGCUGCUGAUCCUGGAGCAGUUCCUGGCCAUCCUGCCGCUGGAGCUGCAGAGCUGGAUCAGGGCCAGCGGCCCCGAGAACUGCACCCAAGCCACAGCCCUGGUGGACGAUUUCCUGCUGAGCAAGCAAAGGGGGGCUGAGACCAGGAAAUGGCAGAAGGUACGCCUGGGUGCCCUGGUUGCAGAGGGGGAAUCCUGGGAUCCCAAGCAGAGACCAAUUGCCAAAGACGCCAAGCAAACCGCUGACGGGGAGACCACUUUACUGGGUCAUGGAACCAAAAACAUGAGCCUCCCUAGUCUCCUGCUUUCUCCAGAAGCACAGGAAGUGGUUAAAGAAGAGCUGACUGAGGCACAGAUGGACUGUGAGGAGAUGGGCGUGUCUUUGCACAUUGUGGAGGAGACACAGCCGGGCCAAAAGACCAUGUUCUGGCAAGUCCUGCCGGGGGAUGGCGGGAAAGUAUAUCCUUUGGGUGACAAGAAGGGCAGUCAAUUUAAAGUGGUGAAUCCUUCUCAUAGAGGAAUUAAACCAGGAGACCCAAAGAUGACCCAAGAGGAUACGCUGGUGAUGGUUGAGAUUCACGAGGAAAGAUGCAAGCCCAAGAGGAGGAUGAGGAAGCAACAGCUGAGGGGAGAAUAUGAAUCCAGAGAAAAUUUUAGUGCUUCUUCCAACAGAAUUCACACAGCAAACACAAACAACAGGAUGCCCUUGGUCUCCAGUCGGAAGUAA